AUGGCCGAAGAAUUCUUCUACAAACUCGAAUCGAGCGACGGAAAGGAGGUUCUCUUCUCCGAGACGGCAAUCAAACAAUCGAAAACUCUGAGUGACUUACUGGUAACCCUCGGAAACACGGAUGAAGUCAUUCCAAUGGAGAUUAUCAAGGAGACGCCUCUGAAGAAGGUGGCCGCUUGGUGUGAGCAUCACAAAGGAGAAGAAAUUCCAACGGCUGAGGAGAGUAAUCCGAGGAUGGUGGAGGUUCCUGAAUGGGACAGAGAUUUUCUGAAAAUGAGCAACAUGGAGCUCUAUGAUCUGAUCUGUGCCGCUAACUAUUUGGAUAUCAAACGUCUUCUCAACUACUCUUGCAAGAUUGUCAGUGAGAUGUGCACAGGAAAGACUGCGGAGGAACUUCGCCAGAUCUUCGGGAUCCCGACGGAUGAGGAGGAUGCUGCGAACGGAUUGCUGCCCGCCAGGGAUUAA